CCCUGCAGUUCCGGGCUGUUUCCAAAAGAGCAGGGCCUUCUCUGCAACUACUCAUUAUGUCUCUCUCUCAUCUAAUCGAUCCACUAAUUCGCCAUUCUCUCUCUCCAAUCUUUGCCUUUCUCUCUCUCUCCUAUCUUUGAUCAGACAGAAAGCUACACCUUACCCAACAUUCCACAACAUUCGAUUGCUUCAAUUUCAGGCACUUCUCAGUCACUAGAAGCCAUCUCCAUUUUUGCGAGGCCAUUAAAACCCAUUUGUUGCUUUUGCGGCUAAAGCUGACAUUUUUCAGAUACACGGUGGAAAUGACCAGGAUCCAUGUUUGGUCAAAGGAAAUUUCACUGUAGUUUCCCCUGCUAUACUGCUUUUGAAAAAGCACGCGGUUUCGUACAUUUCGGACCCUUGCUUUUGUAUAUUUGAACCUUGGGUUUGAAGGUUUUGAGACUUUGAUAGAGAGAGAAGCAAGAAUGGAGAGCUACCUUAAUGAGAAUUUUGGAGGGGUGAGGCCUAAGCACUCUUCGGAGGAGGCUCUGAGGCGAUGGCGAAGACUCUGUGGCAUCGUGAAGAACCCGAAACGAAGAUUUCGGUUCACCGCAAACUUGUCGAAGAGAUCGGAGGCCCAGGCCAUGCGCAAGACCAAUCAGGAGAAGUUAAGGGUUGCUGUUUUAGUCUCAAAAGCUGCACUUCAGUUUAUCAAUGGGAUUACGUUUUCCGGUGAAUAUAUUGUACCCAGUGGAGUAAAAGCUGCCGGUUUUGGGAUUUGUGCUGAUGAGUUGGGUUCCAUUGUCGAAGGACAUGAUGUUAAGAAACUCAAAGUCCAUGGUGGCAUCGAAGGUUUAGCAAACAAGCUUUCUACAUCAACCACUGAUGGGAUUAUUACAACUGAUGAUAAUAAACUGAAAACUAGACAAGAAAUUUAUGGGGUCAAUAGAUUCACUGAAAGCCCACCUCGUGGCUUUUGGGUCUUUGUAUGGGAAGCCCUCCAAGACAUGACUCUUAUGAUCCUUGCAGUGUGUGCCUUUGUAUCUUUGCUUGUUGGAAUUGCCACUGAGGGUUGGCCAAAAGGUGCCCAUGAUGGCAUUGGAAUUGUACUGAGCAUAUUACUGGUGGUUUUUGUCACUGCAACUAGUGAUUAUCGCCAGUCUCUACAGUUCAAAGAUUUGGACAAGGAAAAAAAGAAGAUAUCAAUUCAGGUUACAAGAAAUGGGUAUAGGCAAAAGCUCUCGAUAUAUGAUUUGCUUCCUGGUGAUAUUGUUCAUCUCUCUAUUGGAGACCAAGUCCCUACUGAUGGGCUUUUUAUCUUUGGAUUUUCUGUUCUGAUCAAUGAAUCGAGUUUAACAGGAGAGAGCGAACCAGUAACUGUGAACAAAGACAACCCAUUUCUUCUUUCUGGUACUAAGGUCCAAGAUGGCUCAUGCAAGAUGCUUGUAACAACUGUUGGUAUGAGAACCCAGUGGGGCAAACUAAUGGCAACUCUCAGUGAAGGUGGGGAUGAUGAAACUCCAUUGCAGGUCAAGUUGAACGGUGUGGCCACAAUCAUUGGGAAGAUUGGAUUGUUCUUUGCUGUAAUUACAUUUGCUGUGUUGGUUCAAAGCCUUCUAAGCAAGAAGAUCCAAGAGGGUCGGCAAUGGAUAUGGACUGGAGAUGAGGCCCUGGAAAUGUUGGAAUAUUUUGCUAUUGCAGUGACCAUUGUUGUUGUGGCAGUUCCUGAAGGCUUGCCAUUGGCUGUCACUUUGAGUUUGGCAUUUGCCAUGAAGAAAAUGAUGAAUGAUAAGGCACUGGUCAGGCACCUUGCCGCCUGUGAAACAAUGGGCUCAGCUACUGGAAUUUGUAGUGAUAAAACAGGUACACUAACCACCAACCACAUGACUGUUGUAAAAGCUUGCAUUUGUGGGAAUAUUAAAGAAGUGGGUAGCUCUGAGGAAGCUCGAAACAUGUGCUCUCAUAUCCCUGAUUCUGCCCUAAAACUUCUUCUGGAAUCAAUUUUUAACAAUACAGGCGGUGAUGUUGUGAUAACCCAAGAUGGAAAACUUGAGAUUUUAGGCACCCCAACUGAAACUGCUAUUUUGGAGUUUGGGUUAUCCCUUGGUGGUAAUUUUGAGGCAGAGCGCCAAGAAUGCUCACUUUUGAAAGUUGAACCUUUCAAUUCUGCAAAGAAGAGAAUGGCUGUUGUCAUCCAACUGCCAAAUGGAGAAUUAAGGGCCCAUUGUAAGGGUGCUUCGGAAAUAAUUUUGGAUGCUUGUGAUAAGGUCAUAGACCCAACUGGUAAGGUUGUCCCCCUCGAUGAAGCGACUAUGAACCAUCUCAAGAAUACCAUCGAAAGCUUUGCUAGUGAGGCCCUUCGUACAUUGUGCCUUGCGUAUGUUGAACUGGAGAAUAGCUUUCCAAUUGGGGAUCAAAUCCCAUUGGAUGGUUAUACAUGUAUUGGUAUUGUUGGUAUUAAGGAUCCUGUUCGCCCUGGUGUUAAGCAGUCUGUUGAGAUUUGUAGGUCAGCUGGGAUUACUGUUAGGAUGGUAACAGGAGACAACAUAAGUACAGCAAAGGCCAUUGCUAGGGAAUGUGGAAUUCUGACUGAUGGUGGGGUGGCAAUUGAAGGCCCGGAAUUUCGCAAAAAGAGUCAGGAAGAGUUGAAUGAACUGAUUCCAAAAAUUCAGGUGAUGGCACGAUCUUCACCUCUAGAUAAACAUACCUUGGUGAAACAGCUUCGUACCACAUUCAAUGAAGUUGUUGCUGUAACUGGUGAUGGCACAAAUGAUGCACCAGCCCUCCAUGAGGCAGACAUUGGACUUGCAAUGGGAAUUGCUGGGACUGAGGUGGCAAAGGAGAGUGCGGAUGUCAUUAUAUUGGAUGAUAAUUUCUCCACUAUUGUGACUGUAGCCAAAUGGGGCCGUUCCGUAUACACCAACAUCCAAAAGUUUGUGCAGUUUCAGUUGACAGUUAAUGUGGUUGCCCUAAUUGUGAACUUUUCUUCAGCCUGCCUGACAGGUAAAGCCCCACUUACUGCUGUUCAGCUUCUUUGGGUGAACAUGAUUAUGGAUACAUUAGGGGCACUUGCAUUAGCCACUGAGCCCCCUCAAGAUGACCUUAUGAAAAGAGCCCCAGUUGGAAGGAAAGGGAAUUUUAUAAGCAAUGUGAUGUGGAGGAACAUUUUAGGCCAAGCUGUAUAUCAGUUCACCGUGAUACGUUAUCUCCAAACAGAAGGAAAAGGGAUUUUUCGACUGGCUGGGCCGGAUACUGAUCCCGUUUUGAAUACUCUGAUUUUCAACUCAUUCGUCUUUUGCCAGGUUUUCAAUGAGAUAAACUCCAGAGAGAUGGAGAAGAUCAAUGUGUUCAAAGGCAUAUUGGACAACUAUGUAUUUGUGGCGGUUCUCUCAUGCACAGUCGUGUUCCAAGUCAUAAUUAUUGAAUACCUCGGGACUUUUGCAAACACAAUCCCACUUACAUUGACCCAGUGGUUUGCCAGUAUUCUGAUUGGAUUCCUAGGGAUGCCAAUUGCUGCAAUGAUUAAGAAGAUCCCUGUCUGAAGAAACAAAGCAAAAUGAGGUGACAGCAUCUCUGAAGAUCGAAGGGGUUCACCAAAAAAAAAAAAUGGUGUGUUCCAUGUAGUUUAUUUUUGAGGUCCACAAGGAAAAUGUGCAGAGAAAACCAGUAAUUUUGGUAUGUUAGGAUAGGGCUUUACUAAUGUGGGAUGAGAUAUUCAAAGUUUUGUUUAUUUUGCUGAUCAGACCUUUUUGUAUAUGCAUCUGAUUCAUUUGUUUAUGCUACUGUAUAUGUUGAAACCGAGAGGGUUUUGGAUCUUAACUUUCUUGAUGUCUGCAUCCUAGGAUCCUCUUAAACCGAGAGGGUUUUUUAUCUUAAC